UCUUCCACAGCUUGAAGUCAUGCACAGCAGAGAAAACCCAUGUUGCUGCUCAUUUGAUGAGUGCAAGCUCACCACAGAGUGGCUUUUAAGCAGGACUAGACACAGGCCCAAAAUAGCAGUAGUGUGUGGCUCAGGACUCAGCCUUCUUGCAGAGAGUGUCUCUAACAAGCAGGUCUUCCAUUAUGAGGACAUCCCCAGUUUCCCUGUGAGCACAGUUCCUGGCCAUGACGGGCGCCUUGUGUUUGGCUAUGUGAAAGACAAGUCUUGUGUCUUCAUGCAGGGAAGAUUCCAUCUAUAUGAGGGUUACUCACUGUGCCAGGUCACGUUUCCUGUGCGGGUCUUUAAGCUGAUGGGAGUGGAGACUAUUAUAGUAACGAAUGCCUCAGGAGGCCUCUGUCAGGACUUCAAAGUGGGAGACAUUAUGGUCAUCAAGGACCACAUUAACUUGCCGGGGUUUGCAGGACAGCAUCCACUGUGUGGGCCAAAUGAUGAACGGUUUGGGAUCCGCUUCCCAUGUAUGUCUGACGCCUACAAUAAAGUUCUGAGGAAGCUUGCCCUGGACAUCAGCAUGGAGCUGGGCUACUCCAACUUUGUGCGGGAGGGUGUUUAUUGCAUGGUUAGUGGGCCCAAUUUUGAGACAAUCGCUGAGGCCCGGAUGCUGCAUGUUCUAGGUAGUGACUCCGUAGGUAUGAGCACGGUCCCUGAGGUGACAGUAGCCAAGCACUGUGGCCUGCAUGUCCUCGGCUUAUCCCUUAUCACCAACAAGGUGUCCUUGGACUACAGCCGUGAAGAGAAGGUCAACCACGAGGAGGUGCUGCAGAUCAGCAAAAUGAGGGCGGAGAUGCUGCAAAAGGUGCUCACCACCUUCAUUGCUCACUCCCACCAGGUGGAGGGUAUCAACAGCAACUAGGCAUGUUUCACCCACCCAUGUAUGGCAGACCUGACUAAAGAUAUCAGAUUUCAGUCACAGCAUAUGUGGUGUUGGUCACACAUGAGGUAGGUUGGUCUAGUAAGGAAUUACUU